AUGACAUCAACUUGUUCAAAUACAAUUUCAUCAGUUAAAGUUGAUGAUGAUACAACUCAUGGAUCAAAAAAUCGUCAACGUCAUCAUGUACAAACAAAACGUGCAGUUACACUUGAUGCCGAAACUCAUAAAGAAACACUUCGUAUUGUUGUACUUGGAGCAACAAAAGUUGGUAAAACAUGUUUAUGUCAACAAUUUUUACAAGAUAAAUUUUUAAAUGAUCAUAAAGAAACUGUUGAUGAAUUACAUAGUAUUGAAAUUUCACUUGCUGAUCGUCAAGUAAUACUUGAAAUAUUAGAUACAGCUGGUAUUGAUGAAUUUCCAGUUAUGAGACGUAUUGCUAUAGCACAUGGUAAUGCUUUUCUUAUUCUUUAUGCUAUUAAUGAUGCUCAUUCAUUUGAUAUUGCACAACAAAUGCAUCAACUUGUUCUUGAACUAAAAAAUAAUUCAACAAAGCCUGUACCAAUCAUAAUUGUUGCAAAUAAAUGUGAUCUUGAUAUAGAAAAACGUGAAAUUAGUGAAGAAUAUGCAAAGAGUAUAGUACAAGAUCAAUGGAAAGCAACAUUUAUUGAAAUAUCAUGUCAUGAACGUGAAUCUGUACUUAACACAUUUCGUAUGUUACUUAAUUUGGCUAAUAUUCAUUUAACAUAUAGUCCCAAUACAGUACGUCGUUCUUCUGAUCCAAGUUUACCUAUGAAUAGAGGACAACGUACUACAAACAAACGACAAAGUUGUGUACAACAAUAA